UAUCGCAAAUGUCAAAAAUGCCGCUAAAAUCACGCUAAAAUAAAAUGCGAAACACCAAACACCCGCAUCAUAAGAAAAGUGAAAAGUCCAGAAUAACUUAAAGACUUUUGCAGCAAAAUACGGAAACUAAGGUAUCAUCAAAAUGAAAUCAUCAACAAGAUACUACAUACUACUCAUCACAGCGGUAACACUCUACUUUGCUGUCUCAAAAGUAAUAUUUGAUAGAGUUAACGAAACAUCCCAAAUCAUCGUUGAUGAACUAUUCCAUAUACCACAAGGCAUAUCCUUCUGCGAGGGAAACUUUAGCUAUUGGGAUCCUAAGAUAACGACUUUACCAGGCUUACACCUUACUUCCGCCAUCGUUGGAUAUUACUUCCCUUGCAACACAUACAAUUUACGUUUCGUUAACUUAGUCGCAUCUUGCUUCAAUCUUAUGCUAUUCGUGUCAAUAUUAACUUUCAUAUAUGGUAGUUAUAACGAAAGACAAAUCAAAAUUGUAUUACAAGCGCUAAGUUUAACUAUACUUCCACCUUUAUAUUUUUUCUCUCAUGUCUAUUACACUGAUACUUUAUCUCUAUUAUUUUUGUUAGCGUUUUCACGAUUAUGUUUUGGACAUAAGGGAAAAUGGUUAAUCUUGCUCAUUGGAAACCUAAGCGUUCUUAUGAGACAGACAAAUAUAGUAUGGAUUGCAAUGGUUUUAGGACAUAAGUUACUCGAUAUCCUUAUACGGAGUUCACGAGUCUACGGCAAUCGUUACUUGAGUAAGACAGUAAUGAGUCAACGAAGUAUAAUCGCUAACGAUGUAGAUUCUUCUAAAUUGAAAAGAUACUACACAAUCUCAGACGUCAUUGUAGCCUUAAAAUUUCAUUUAUCAACAUGUUUCAAAGUACCGUUCAAAUUCAUAUCGUUAUCAGACUUGUACGUUAUAAUACAACAGUUGAGUGUGUUAGUUUCGUUUUCUAUAUUUCUUUAUGUGAAUGGAUCAAUCGUGAUUGGUGAUAAGAAGGCUCACGAAGCAACGAUACAUAUACCUCAAUUAUUGUAUUUCUUGUUAUUCUAUGGUGUAUUUGGGUUGCCAUAUGUAUUAGCAAAAUUUAUAUCAACAACGAAACUGAUUUUUAAGAACAAAUUUAACGUUUUGCUACUAAGUAUCAUAAUUGGAAUCGUUGUUCAUUACAAUACUAUAGUCCACCCAUAUUUGCUUGCUGAUAACCGUCACUAUACAUUUUAUAUAUGGAAUCGUUGGUUUGGUAAAUAUGAUUAUGCAAUAUACGCAACAAUACCAGUAUAUGUUUUCUUGCUGUUCAGUCUAUAUGAUAAUUUGAAAGAUCAAAAUUGCAUAUCUUUUCUACUACCAUAUUGUAUAUGUUUAUUUUUCGCUUUGGCAUUACAGAAAUUGGUUGAAAUAAGAUAUUUUCUUGUACCAUACAUAAUUUUAAGACUGAGGUUCGUGAGACCAUCUUUCAAAGUGGUUUGGUUCGAGCUUUUGUGGUACAUAGCAAUUAAUUUAGUAACAUUUUAUAUUUUUUUCACAAAGGAAAUAAGGUGGGACGAUUUCGAGGAAGUACAAAGAAUAAUUUGGUAAUCAUUUUCUUUUCUUCGUUUAUUACGACACAAUUGGUUAAAAUUUUUUUUUUUAGGAUGCAGUGUAGAAACCAAAGAGGGUAUACAAGGUGUAAGAUAGUGUUUGUAUAGUGUGUUUCAUCGAAUAGUACCUAUGACGUUAUGUUGGCUCCCCUGUCUGUUGGGUGGUCAUCGGCACCAUAUUGGCAUGAGAAGACGCAGAUUUUGUUU